AAAGAUAGAGAAUUGCAUAUUUCAAACCUGAUGCUCCUUGAUACCUGUCAAACUAGAAAUAGUUGUGAUUCGUGUUUAAUUACUCCUAUCUUUAUGGGAAGGAAAAAGCUAUCAAGCUAAACUUCCAUUAUUUCAAGCAUUACCUUUCUAGUUAGCUAUUUUGUAGCAUUGCCUAUGCUGACAGAUAAUCCUUAAAGCAGUCCAGAAAUAGCUGCAUAUAGAGAGCGCUGAUGUUUAUGUACAUUUAUGAGAUUUCACUAUGAUCCAUAAAGAAGUUACAAAACUUCAGGGCAUGGAAUCUUUGUUGCCUCUUCCUAUGACCCUUGGCCAGUGGCAGUGGCCCUAAGGAGAAGCAUCUCCAACAUAUGUGACACCAUGCAUGCUGCAAGACUGCUCAUAUGUACCCUAGCCAUAUGAUCUUCCUUAAAUUCUGGCUGUUAUGUUGAAAGAUUAGUGUCUUUGAAGAAUAGUCUAUUCCAGAGUUCAGAUUUUUUACAUUUCUAGGAAGAAAUAAUGGGAAUGAACCCUUCAUGAAAGGUGCUGGUAGUCUGUGAAAAACAGGAGGUGUCUAGUUCAAAACUAAUGACCGUAUCCCUGAGCUCUACCUUAAGAAAAGCUACUUACAGCUCAGGUUACUCUAUAAUCACCUGAAACUGGCAGCACCUCUUGUAUAUACCAGCUGACCAGGACAUGGCCUGUAGCCAUCACAUUCAUUUCACACAGGUCGCUAAACAUCACUGGAAAGCACCAGCUUCCAGUAGCAGUUCAAACAGUGUACUUGCUGUGAUGACAGAGCCUCUCCCUGGGGGUUUCUCAUGAACUGUGUGAAACAGUUUUAAGAUUGUGUGUGUUUUAAUUGAAUGUUCAGGAGUCACAAUUGUCAGGUACAGAUUGGCAUGGGAAAGUAACAAGGCACAGCUAUUGCUUAUAAAGCAACAUUAAUACAUUCUGGACAGUAUAGAUUCGGUGGAAAAUACAGACCCUGUUUCAAGUUGGCUUUAAGCUAAUUCUGUUUCCAGACGAAAUAGUUCAGAUGUGUAACAAACAGGUAGAAAGUGAUAGCAGUGAAUAUAUGGGUACAGAAACCCAUUUCCAUGAGUACUCAAUAUUGCUCACAUGUCCUCAUAAAUAUUACAGUCUAGAGCUCAGAAAGCAGUAAUAUGGGAAGUCUGUCUUUACUGUAUUGGCCAACCAGUAAAUGUUAAUGUAGGGCUUUGGUAUCAUUGCAGAUGAUACUGUGAGCAUGCCAUACUGAAAUGAAACUGGAUAGGUUAGGCCCACCUCCCUCUCACCCCAACUUCGGUUUAAUAAACUAGAACACAGCAGAUCUGCAGAUUCUGUAGGUAACACUGAGAGGGCCAAAUUAGGCAUGAUGGAAAUUGACAUGGGAAAACCCACUGAUGACAGAGGAACCCGCCCGCAGGUGAAUUCCCGCGGCUUCUGCCACCCCUUUAUAAGCAGGUGGAGGUGCGGCAAGGCUGGCAAGACGAGCAGGCAGCAGCUGAGCACUCACUAGAGCGUAGCUGCUGUGUGGAGUGGAAAUGGCUGGCUUUAGCAGCAAGAGCUUGGUCCUGGUUUCCAUGCUGGGGCUCCUGGCACUACUCCUGUGUGGCACCUCUGAAGCACAAAGCAACCAGGAUUGCUGCCUGUCUUACACCAAGGUGCGUCUACCUCGGUGGGCCCUAAAGGGUUAUACUGAACAGCUCUCCAGUGAAGUCUGCGAUAUCCAUGCAAUCAUUUUCCACACCUACAGUGGGUUGAAUGCCUGUGUAAAUCCUAAAGAGGGGUGGGUGAAGAAGCAUCUUCUUUUCCUGAGCCAUAAGCUCAAGAGGAUGUCAAUGUGAUACGGUUUCUAGCAGGGAAAUAAACAAGCAUGGCUAAGAAACUCCUUCGCUCAACAUCUUGUUUGAGAUCGUCAUCUUGUACACUGUUGUGUGCUUACCACUAUCUCUGGCUUCCCUGGGACCAUUUAACUUCUUGAAUUGAUUCAUAUUGCAUCACUGUGUUGCUUGAAUUAAGCAUUUUGUUAAAGUUUCUAUUUUUAUGAAUACGUGUAUGUCACUAGUAUGGUAUGAGUACUAUUUAGAAAGGGCUACACUAAGUGUUUGUACAGAGUAUGAAUUUUAAGUUUAUUGCAUGUCAUUUUUGUUUUGUUCAGCAUGUGUAAAGUGGGUUAUUUAUUGUUUUUAUUUUGUUACUUCUUUGGCACUGUCUUGUGCCAAAAUAUUUUCUUUUAACCGUAGUUAGCGUUAUAGUACUUCUUGAACUAUUGUUAAACAAAACUGCUUGUG